AUGCGUCGCAUACCGAAAGUGUUCGGGCAUAGCUCGAAUCGCAUCAGGACUGGCGACGAAUCCUCCUCCGGCGCCAGGUCCAGCUCGACCAUCCCAGCCGCCAAGAUGAAGCCGAAGCUCGACCGGCGCAACGCCAGGAAGGACAUCAAGUACGAGUACUCACCGCCUGACUCGUCUUCCUCGCGCUUCUCGCCGGAGGAAUCUAUGCGUACCCGCUUCCUCGAUCUUUACGACGGCAGCUUCCGGAUAGAGGGAGUCGACGGCGAGAUUGAGAUCAUCUGCAGAACCCUAGGAUUUUCCGGUAUCGACGACUUCUCAAUAGACCCUGAGGAGUACGAGGCGAUGAAGGUGAGAUCAUCCUCAGCUCCUGUUGGUUUCAGUCAUGCAAUCGAAGAUAUCACAUCAAGGGUCAACAACGACGCUGUUGAUUUAUAUAACCUGAAUGUUAAAGACAUUGAUAAAGGUACUGGAUUAAAGGAUAGUGUGAUGGUUAGUGAUGUAACUUUGAGCAAUUGUAAAUCGAGCAUCGGUUCAAAUGAAUCUCGUGGAAAUGGUAUAAAGGGAGUUCGGCCGCCCCUUCUGGAUCCGCCCCCUCCUAUCUCGGUGCCUGUGAUUGAUAAAGAAUACACAUCAUGGGAUAUUUUCAGAGCAUUUAAACCGGAUAGCGGCACACAAGCUUCAAAAUUUGGACUAGGGUUUUGCUUGGAUGAAGAAGGGGAAGGCCUGAAAAGGAAAGGGGACGAGGAUCAAGUGGAGGAUAGGAGGAGCAGGGGAAUUAUGAGGGAAGAGAAUUGUGUACCUUCGGCCUCCUGUUCGUUCACGGCGAGUUCGAAUGAUGAUGAUACUUCAAGUACCACUACCGAACCAACGUUGAGCAUCUCGCCUAAUGUGAGAUUUGAGCGCGUUAUUUCUGAGUGGCUGAAGGGAGACCUCUUGGGCCGUGGAUCAUUCGGAUCUGUGUAUGAAGGAAUUGCUGAUGAUGGGUUCUUCUUUGCUGUAAAGGAAGUAUCUUUACUAGAUCAGGAGGAUGAAGGAAAGCAACGUCUCAUACAACUUGAACAGGAAAUUGCUCUUCUGAGUCAGUUUGAACACGAAAACAUUGUCCAGUAUUAUGGCACAAAGAAGGACGAAUCGAAUCUCUACAUCUUCCUAGAGCUUGUUACCAAAGGCUCCCUUUUGAGCCUUUACCAGAAAUAUAACUUACGAGAUUCUCAAGUCUCUGCUUAUACAAGGCAAAUUCUGCAUGGUUUGAAAUAUCUGCAUGACAGAAAUGUGGUGCACAGAGAUAUCAAAUGUGCAAAUAUAUUGGUGGACACUAACGGUUUGGUGAAACUUGCAGAUUUUGGUCUUGCAAAGGCCACUAAGUUAAACGAUGUGAAGUCUUGCAAGGGGACUGCACUCUGGAUGGCUCCUGAGGUUGUUAGAAGCCUGGGGUAUGGACUGCCAGCAGAUAUAUGGAGUUUAGGAUGCUCCGUAUUGGAGAUGCUGACUAGACGUUUUCCAUACUCCCAUUUGGAAUGCCAAAUGGCAGCAUUAUUCAGGAUAGGUAGGGGUGAGAGGCCCGAAAUCCCGGAUUCACUUUCGAACGACGCACGUGAUUUCAUUCUAAGGUGUUUGCAAGUCGACCCGAACUCACGGCCCACGGCUGCUCAGCUCUUGGACCAUCCCUUUGUGAAACGUCCCCUCAACCAACUCUCUUCCGGCUUCACAUCACCUCAAUAUUUGGCCCGACAGAUUUAA